AUGGCCUUGCAAUUUCUGCCACUCAUAUUCCUGGUGAAGUUUGUUUCGGGUAUUUCAUCCUCCCAGUCAAAACAUGUCAUCGUGGUUUGUACCUGGCCGUUUACCAAGGCUACAGAUGCAGCUUGGGAAGUUUUGAGUCAGAAUGUGCUAAUUCACAACGAAUCACGCGUUGGGACCGCCGUGAAUGCAGUCGUCGCUGGCUGCUCAAACGCGGAGGAAGACAGGAUUAUCACGAGUGUGGGAUAUGGCUGUUCACCAGAUGAGGAAGGUCAUACAACCCUGGAUGCUAUGGUAAUGGAUGGGGAUACAAUGAAUGUAGGUGCAGUUGCUGCCAUGCCUUACAUUCGACAUGCAGCUCAAGUGGCCCGUGAAGUGCUGUAUACAACUAAGCACACAUUACUUGCAGGCCACCAAGCAGCUAAAUUUGCAAUAACAAGAGGAUAUACACCAGAAUCACUAGAUACACCGGAAUCAAAAGAACUGUGGAGGAAAUGGAAGGCAAACAAAUGUCAGCCCAACUAUCGAGAACCAUCAUCGUGGAUACCCGAUCCGAGCGCACAAUGUGGUCCGUAUGGACCAAAGUGGACAGCAUUUCAAAAGACCGCUAAUCGUCCGAAAGGGACCGUGAACGAGCAACAGCAUGACACAAUCGGAAUGAUCGCCAUGGAUGCGCACGGUUCGAUGGCGGUGGGAUUGUCUACUAGUGGAGCGAUACACAAAAUACCCGGUCGUGUGGGAGACACUCCUAUCCCGGGAUCAGGAGGUUAUGUGGAUUCUGAGAUCGGUGGUGCGGUUGGAACCGGAGAUGGCGAUGUACUGAUGCGGUUCGCACUCAGUUUUCAAACCGUGUUUUACAUGCGACAAGGAACGAGUCCUGAGGAGGCUUGCAAGUUAAGCCUCAAAUCAGUUAAACAGGAAGGAGUAUGGAGUGGAGCCUUGGUUGCGAUGAACAAAACGGGACAAUACGGAGCAGCUUGUGUGGGAUUUGGAAAAUUUCAAAUGGCCAUACGAUCAGUUCAGACGGGGAACUCGUCCACUGUGCUGACGAUAGAAUGUGACUAA